AAGCACAUCAGCUGUACAAGCGAGAGAAUGAUACUGACCUAAUUCACUGUACAGGGGGGGACUACAGCGACAACGACGACACAACACAACACACCGAAGAGACCAACCGACCCAUGAAGUCCUGAAGAGACUGUGCGUGGGAUUUGGUGUCAUUAAAGUGAAAGCUCCACCAACCUGCCUGCCUAGAAGCCAAUACAGUGCUGACAAGUGUGCUAUUGACUUCUACAACGGAGAAAGAGAAAGAGGAGGAGGAGGAGGGAACCGGCAAAGAGAGAGAGAGAGAGAGAGAGAGAGUGAGAGCGAGGGAACUUGUCCUCCUGGAUGUAAGGGGUCUGUUGGUCACAGAGAUCAUUGUUCUGCAGAAGCUUCUCAAGGGGAAAUUAGCCAUUGAAAAGUCUAUAAUGGCUGAGCUGUCAUCACCCCAGGUGACCGAGUGCACCUGAGCAUUACUGCUCCAUCAGCCUCUGGGCAUUUACUACACGGGGAAAAAAAGCUAAAUCCACUUAGUUGGGAUUUUACCAAGGAAGAAAAAACGUGACUGAAUCCCUCCCUUUUUUCUCUCUCUGUGUGGAUUAUUUUUACCUGGAUCUUACCUGGGACUGGGGGGGUGGGGGAAACAAGCCAAGGUGGAGAAAUGACUGAUUUUGGAUUUGAGAGUGACUGAGCUGUUGAUUAUAGCAGAGGAGGCUGCUGGAGCUCAAGCGUUUGCGGAGGAAUGCAAAUUCACAUAUGGAGGCAGAUUAUACAGCAUCGUGUUUGAGCAGCUGAGCCUGUGAAGGCCCCGGUGGCGGCCAUGUUGGAUCUCUUCCACAGAGUGCUGGUGUUGACCCGUCUUCACCCUUCACCUCACGGCACCUUGCUGCCGACCUAACUCCUCACUCUCUCUUUUUCCUUCAUCUCUUUCUUCCACCGCCUGGCCGGGAGAAAGGACUUUGGAAAAUGUCCUAUGCACACCAUAAGCUGCUCACCUGGAGCUUACCUCACCUCCUUCUCCUGCCACUGACCUACCUCUGGCUUUUGGCUACUCCUACAGGUGUGUCUGCAAAUCUCUGCCGGGUGUCCGGUGGGGUGCUCGGGAUCCACUGGAGCAGCGUCAUCAGCCUCGGUUGGCACCCUCUGGCGGACGGGAGAGGCGGGGCGACAUGCUGGGAGUCCUGCUGCUUGAAGCCGAAUUGCAAUGCUGUGUGGAGCAUCGGCGGGCGCUGCGUGCUUCUCAGCUGCACCCGUACGAGUGGCUGCCCCAUCUCCAUUCUGCCCCAGCCUCAUCAGGAGUCCCUCGGCCUCCUUCAGCUGCUCUCCAAGGGUCCGGUCACAGUAAGACGUAGGAGGGCUCGUCAUGCACAGAACGCAGGAAGCCACAAACCACUAACAGGCCAGCUAACCAGCACGCAGGAAAGCUCCAAACUGGAAACGGCUCACCCAUCUCCAACAGUACCGAGCACCAUCGCACUUCCUCAAACAACCCAAAAGAAUGUCAGUCAGUUAACCAAUGGGAGCGCUGGCACUGAUCCAGCUCCUUUACCACAGAACUCAACAAUAGGCACCGUUGAUACGGCUGCGUCUUCCAAUAGCAGCGAUGUCAGCACAACCACGGUGACUGCUAUCGUCACAGCUCCAACGCAGUCUGUGAGGGAGCUGGUCGUGUCAGCAGGGGAGAGUGUAGAGGUCACGCUGCCACGCAAUGAGGUGGAACUCAACGCCUUCAUGGUCCCAACACCCCAAUCAGGGACAAACUAUAUAUUCGACUGGCGUCUGAUAACACAUCCCAAAGAUUACAGUGGGGAGAUGGAGGGGAAGCACAGCAAGACACUGAAGCUCAGCAAGCUGACUGUGGGCCUGUACGAGUUUGAGGUGACGGUGGAUGGGGAUGGGGCUCACGGAGAAGGUUACGUCAAUGUCACAGUAAAACCAGAGCCGCGGGUAAACAAGGCUCCUGUUGCCGUAGUUUCCCCAAAGUUCCAGGAGAUCUCCUUGCCAACCAGCUCUACGGUGAUAGAUGGCAGCCAAAGCACAGACGAUGACAAGGUGGUAGCGUGGCACUGGGAAGAGGUCAAAGGCCCCCUGAGGGAAGAGAAGGUCUCUGCCGACACCGCCGUCCUCACACUGACCAGCUUGGUUCAUGGGAACUACACAUUCAGUCUGACUGUGACAGACUCAGACGGAGCCACAAACUCGACGCAGGCCACCCUGUCAGUCAACAAAGCCAAGGACUACCGACCUGUGGCCAAUGCCGGCCCGAACCAGGUCAUCACCCUGCCACGUAACUCCAUGACUCUGUAUGGCAACCAGAGCACAGACGACCAUGACCCCCUGGGCUACGAGUGGUCACUCAGCUCAGAGAGCAAAGACAAGGUGGUGGAGAUGCAGGGCGUUCGGACACCGAUCCUGCAGCUGUCAGCCAUGCAGGAGGGAGACUACACUUUCCAGCUGACUGUGACGGAUUCGGCUGGACAGCAGGACACCGCUCAGGUCACAGUCAUUGUGCAGCCAGAAAACAAUAAGCCACCACAAGCAGAUGCAGGACCGGAGAAGGAGCUGACUCUGCCAGUCGAUCGAACCACGCUGGACGGCAGUAAGAGCAGCGAUGACCAGAAGAUCGCCACUUACCACUGGAAACAGACCAAGGGUCCUGAUGGUGUGAAGAUCGAGAACUCGGACAGUGCUGUUGCCACGGUGACAGGUCUCCAGGUUGGCACGUACGAGUUCACCCUGACAGUAACUGAUGAGAGGAAACUGCAGAGUACAGACACCGUCACGGUCAUCGUCAGAGAAGAACUGGACCAGCCACCUUUGGCUCGUGUUGUGUCGAGUCCACCCAUCUCUCUGCCUGUCAAGACCGCCAUCCUGGAUGGAUCUCACUCCACUGAUGACAAAGGUGGUGUCAGCUACCUGUGGAUCAGAGACAACACCAGCCCUGCCGCUGGGGAUGUGUUAAACAACUCUGACCACCAGGCAGUGCUGUUUCUGGGAAAUCUGGUGGCAGGGAAGUACAUCUUCACCCUGACUGUAACUGACAGUAAAGGACAGACCAGCAGAAACAGAGGCACAGUGGAGGUCAAACCAGACAUAUGGGAGCGUGACCUAGUGGAGCUGGUGUUGGAGGUCUCUGUGUCCCAGGUCUCCCACCGUCAACGUGACAUGCUGCUGCGCCAAGUCGGGGUGUUACUGGGUGUGCUUGACAGUGACAUCAUUGUACGAGAGAUCAAUGCGUUUAAUGAGCACAGCACUCGUUUGGUCUUCCUGGUGUCAGGCGGUCCAGGUCGCCCUCCUCUGUCUGGCCACAGCGUUGCAUACGGCCUACGCAACAAGCUGCGCAAACAGAAGAAUGACUUUCUCAUUUUCAAGGCACGACGGGUGGAUACAGUCAUCUGCCAGCUGAACUGCUCCGGUCAUGGCGAGUGUGACUCAUUCACGCGGCGCUGUGUCUGCCACCCUUUCUGGAUGGAGAACUUCAUCAGAGCUCAGCUUGGUGACGCCGAGAGCAACUGUGAGUGGAGUGUCCUCUAUGUAACCAUAGCAUCCUUUUUGAUUGUGGUUGCUAUAGCAACAGUUGUCUGGGGAAUGGUCUGUUGUUGCAACAGACGUAAGAGCAGAGUACGCAGAAGCAAAAGUCGAUAUAAAAUACUAGAAGCUGAUGAGCAAGACAGUCUGGAGCUACAACCACCCAGAGCUGGCCGUCUGAAGCCAGUCCCCGCCCCCACCUCCUCCGCCCUCAUGCGCUCGGACUCUGACCUGGACAGCGAUGACGGGCAGGGCGGGGUCCCGUGGACGGAGCAGGAGCGGGGGCACCUCCUACGGCCCCAGAACGGCUCCCUGAGGAACGGCCUGGGUCCGGUGAGGGGCAAGAAGCAAAGAGAAGAGCUGCUAUAGCAAGAGAGGAGGGGGAGAGCUCGCUGCUGCCCUCACACACACACGCUCACACACCUCCUCCUCCGACUGUCACACACUCCUCUGUUCCUCACUCUUCUCCUUUCUACGUUGUUGUCGCUCAACACAAAAACCUCACGCCUCUCAUCCAUGAAGACGGACUGUGUGAUCCCUGGAUUUAGAAAGGGGGGGGGGGAGGAAAAACAUGCUGGAAACAUGUUGUCCCACUGUCGCAGAAAAAGAAAAAAAACACACUGCUAAUACUGGAAUUUCCCUGCUCCCACUCUGAGCCAAUACAGAGGAAGAAAGCUACGAUUUUGUGAAGAAUGUAGGGGUGAGCACUGUGUUUUUGAAAGAUUUACAAGCAGACCACUAUAAUUUAACACAGAGACAUGAAGAAUGUACUGUUACCCCUCUUACUGAUGACACACGUUGGUUAGAGACUACGGGGGAGAAGACUCACCUGAAUGACACUUGACUUUUUUGGGGGGAAACAAAAAAACAAAACUCUUGCUUCGACGACACGAAAAAAACCAGCGAGCCCACUUGACACGCUCACACCUUUGCCUCUCGUAGACACGCAUGUACGCACACAAACACACUCUUCACAUUUCUUUCACACAACUUAUACCAGGUCAACGUGACUCUACCAAACACUGCCAUGUUAAAAACCAAUGGUUAACUCUGCUCUAAUUUUUUUUUUUUAUGUUAGUCGUCAAAAACGGUGACUCAGCAGGAAAAGAACAACCAAAACAGAGCUACCAACAGCAAUGGACCCCCCUCACCCCUUCCAAAAAACCGAAAAAAAUGUGCAUGAAGAGUGACAGAUUGCGGUUCUGGUAUCAUUUGAUACCGGAGUAAUCGCCUGCAUGUUUGUUGAGUGUAUGUAUGCGCCUGACACGGUGGACUUUCGCGGCUGCUGUGCCAAAAGUUGUUUCUUCAGAGCAGUCUGUAUGUUUUUAUGUCUGUUAUUAAGAGUCACAGAUGGCGAUGUCAGAGAUCCUUGAAAAAAAAUGCUGUUUUUUUGUUUGUUUGUUUAUUUUUUUCUGGAGUCUCGCCUCUCUGUGGAUUAAGUCGUUGGGACACACACUGGAGUACACAACAUUAAUGACAGAGGAAGCAUAAUGAGGAGAAAGAUGAAGUUCGCAACAGAUGGGAUUAAAAAGGACACGGCUUCCUCACUCAUCUCAAUACUCAUUACUGUAACGACUGCUUGAAACAUGCAAACCACUUUCUGUUUUGUUUUGUUUGUUUGUUCGUUCACAAACAACUUUUAGGAUGUGAUUAGAUGUCGAUGCACUUUGAUUUCAUGUCUGUCAGCUUCAGUCUCAUUUUGUCUCUUGCUGGCUGAAAAGGGAUGGGUAAAAGUUAAAGGUUAAGCCAUGAACGCAGCUGCUGACUGCGUUUAAAGUACAUAAAAUACCUAAUUUUCUUGACUUAAGACAGAUCAUGGCGAAGGAUACGCUUUAGUAAAUGCAGCUGAAGUCCAGAUGCACCUCUGUAAACCUCACUUGGUGACACAUCUGUAAACUUGAAUUAAUAAGUGUGAGCAUAAUAUAUAUGGAGAGAGAAAAAAAAGUGGGAGUUUAUUAAUUUUGUGAAGUUAUUUUGCAUUUUUUUUGGUGCAAUUUCUGCAAACAGUGAUGGUCUGUUUGUUUAGGAAGAUCACGUUUAUCCUUUCUUCUCUGUUUGUUUAAAUAUUCAGUUAGCUUUACUUGAAUUGGGCACAGUUAUUAGGAAAGCUGUUUGGAUGAAGGAAAAUAAUCGACAUUAACACAGGCAUCAGUAAACUUCCAUAAAAGUGUGUUGUGUGUCCAGAACGACCAGAAACUGUGCUAAAUCCUGAAAAAUGAUUUCUUCCGGCAAAUAAGAUAAGAGCAGAAAGUUGAUCUGAGGGAUGUUAGUCUCUUCAAAGAGGAGUCUGCCACGGAUUCACCAGUACAUGAACACAGAGGACAAAGAAAAACUACAAAAGCUGCUUCUGUUUUUUUUUCUUCUGUGUAUCAGUCAUAGUGAAAAGUGUUUCUGUGCCGAGGGAAACUUUAACCAAAAGACUUCCCUGUAACAUCUCAGUGUGAUCGCUUUGCAUGCAGAGUGUGAAACUGACUGACCUGUAAGUUCAUUUCUACACAUUUUAAGUCACUUUUUCUUUGUUGAAUGUUAAAAGGGUAUGUCAUUGAUUCAGUUUAACCUGUACUGUGUGUACUGUGUGUUAAAUAAGCAAUCAUUUAAGUCUAUUUUGUAUUGUCAAGUCAUCUAAUGCUGAUGCACAUCAGGCCAGAGUGGAGAUGUUUUCAAUAUUUCUUACAGAUGUGCAGAAUUGAUCUGUCCAUCUUUGGCCAACUUGUGUGAGGCAAAGUAAAAUCAAGUGCACCUAAGUGCCAAUACUGUAAAAAUGUCAUCUUUUGAACAUUUUGAGAUAAUGUCGUCAUCUUCCCGUGUUUUUUUGCACAUCAUAAGGAAAGGUUUAUGUAGUACAUAUCCAGAUUUGAUGUUGAUUCGCUCUCAAAAACCACCCAAAUUGUUCAAAUCUCUCUUUGUGUACUUUUACCCAAAACUCAAAGUAGAAAGGUAAUUUUAUACAUAUCUGGCAAUAAUACCAAAUUCAGCAUUUCUUCUGUUACAUGUACGUCAAUGGAUCCGUACAAGUGAAUUGACCUCGACUCUGGUGGAGUCCACUGUGAAGGCAGAGAGAGAAAAUGGGGAGCAACGGUUAAAUUAAGGGAGUUUAAUUUAAAAGGUUUUGAAUGGAAAUUCAGUGAAGGAUUUCCCCAUCUUUCUGUGUGACCACACCUGAUGCAACUGGAUAAUCUGUAAAUUAAAAAUAAAAUGAUUC